AUGCCAACGCUUAGCGUGAACACCGUCGCUGCGGAUAAGACGCCUACCGUCGCUGAUAUUAUCGCCCGAUCGUUCACUACCUCCGUCGUCUCGUCUUUUCUGUUUCGCACGCCGGAGUCCACCUGGCCGCCAGAUAAUGUGCCCUACGAGCUUAUCAGGUGCCACUUUGACGAAGUCGUGAGCAAGAAAGCCCAGCUGGGCGCGACGAUAGUUGAAGCUGGGGGCUUUGCCGCCGUGGCUAUCUGGUUCCCACCAGACAGGCAAGAGCACGCCAAAGACGACAAGGAAAGUAGCGCGCAUCAAAGCAUGCGCGAGCAGGCCUUCGCGCAGAAACUCGACAAGGUCAAGGCGCGAUGCCUGCAAGGGCGCAAGCACUGGUAUCUAAACCUGAUAGGGCGGGAUCCGGAGCGGAAGGAGAAAGGCGUGGUCCGAGCCCUUAUACAGCCGUUCCUCCAGCGGGCGAGGGAAGACGGGGUGCCUGCUUGGUUGGAAGCCGUGGAUGAGCACAGUCGUGAUGUAUACGGGCAUUUUGGGUUCCGGACCGUUGAGGAGUUCCGUGUUGGGGCGGGCGAGUUUAAUGCGCGCGGCGAGAUGGAGGAUGGUGGGGAGGGGGUGGCGCUGUAUGCUAUGAUAUAUGAGUAA